AUGGACGAUCAUACCUAUGUGUUUAAAGUUGAAGGUUGUAUGCGCUAUUUGACAAACAUUGUCCCGCGGGGUUGGAAGUAUUUAGAAUUGAUCUGUGUUGAUAAACUGGCCGAGCACCCUUAUUUCACGAGAUCAAAAGCUUCUAAAGAUUCCUUCCCUGAUCAAAAUCUGUUAGAAAGGAAAAGGAAAAUGACUGGCAAUAAUGACAACGCAGGUUUGACGGAUAUUGUUGUGACAGACCCUGUCAUCGCUGAACAAAAUGAGUUGAUUGCACAGUUGGUGCAACAAAUCGCCGAAAUGAGAGUUGAGAUACGAAAAAAUCGAGAGUUGUCAAAUCUGGCUAUUGCCGCCAACACCCCGGUUCCAGGCGAGGGAAGGCCUCCAUUCCAUUUCCCUUCUCCAAAUUCAAGUACGGAACAUACAUGUCCCCAAAAUUACCAAGCUCCUCAAAAUACACAAAAUCCCCCAUUCACCCCUCCCUUGCCUCAAAAAACACCUUUCCAAAUCCCAAUCCCAAAUGAACCUUAUGCCAAUGGUUUUGAACUUGAUCACUAUGAGGAACAAGAAAGAGAGUGGAGGGCGAAGGAAGAGACAACCAAAUGGAACAUGAAAGAGGAGAUCAUGAAAGCCAUGAAGGAGUUUCAUUACACUCCGGAUGUUUCAGGAUUAAAUUACGAAGAUUUGUGUAUCCACCCGAAUUUAGACCUUCCCGAGGGGUUCAAAGUGCCAAAAUUUGAUACUUUCGGAGGAACCGGGAAUCCUUUGGCUCAUCUGAGGGCGUAUUGUGAUCAACUAGUAGGAGUUGGGAAGAACGAGGCUUUGCUAAUGCGGCUCUUUAGCCGAAGUUUAAGCGGAGAGGCUUUGGAAUGGUUCAGCACCCAAGAAAUAAAACAAUGGUCCAAUUGGAACGCUCUGGCCAAAGAUUUUAUCGAGAGGUUUGCGUACAAUGUGGAGAUCGUUCCCGAUCGUUAUUCUUUGGAGAAAAUCAAACAAAAGUCUGCUGAAAGUUAUCGAGAGUACGCCUAUCGUUGGAGGAAAGAGGCUGCCAGAGUGAGACCUCCCAUGACUGAGAAAGAGAUUAUUGAAGUCUUUGUACGCAAUCAAGAGCCUGAGUACUAUGACAGGAUGUUGUUGCUCGUAGGAGCGAAAUUUGCUGAGGUGGUCAAAAUUGGUGAGACCAUUGAAGACGGUCUUAAGACCGGAAGGAUUACCCAUGUGGCCAUCCAAACUGGGCCUUCAGGUUUGUUCAAAAAGAAAAGAGAAGAUGUGUCCUUUAUUUCUCAUGCGCCUGACAAAAGGUUACAAAGAUCAUCCAAUUUUAGCUCCAGAAAAACCUCACCCUCCAAAAUUUAUCCCCCAUCUCCACAAAAUUCCUACCCAAUGUUUUACGUUCAGCCGAGUUAUCAAACUCCGCCUCCUAAUUACCUGCCUCCGCACUAUCAAAAUGCUCCUCGUGGCUACCAAACUCCACAAUGCCCAAAUUUCCGAACUCCCGCAUCUUUAUACCAAAAUCGUCCUAGUUAUCGUCAUGUACCCCCACCCCCACAAAAUAACUGUAACCUUACCCAAUCCAAUUUUGAAAAUAGGCCUGCUAGGAUUUUUACUCCUCUAGUGGAAAGUCGGACUAAGCUGUUUGAAAGACUGAGAGAUGCAGGUAUUAUUCAUCCCAUUGCACCUAAAUCGACUGAUAUAAGCUCGAGAUUCUUCAGAGCCGACCAAACAUGUGCGUAUCAUUCCAACAGUAUAGGGCAUGAUACUGAAACUUGUGUUAAUUUGAAGCAUAAGAUUCAGGAUCUGAUUGAUCGGGAGGUCGUCACUCUCCAAACCGCUGCUCCCAAUGUUAAUAAUAACCCCUUGCCGAAUCAUGAGGGGUGA